CAGUCACCAAGUGUCUCCCGUGACCCACAGUUAACACUGACUCACUCGACGCAUUCUCUUGCCAGUUCAUCCACAAAAUUUGAAGUUUUGUGAGCUACUUGCCAAAACGUGACUUGCAGAUAUGACGAUAUCUUCACUUAUGUUUGCACUAAUAUCAUUGUUGAUAGUGAGGGAAUAUGUUAGUGGCCCUGUGAAUCAUAUGGCCGUGUUGGCUGUCGACUCUGUUUAUGAGGAAGGUGUGACAAUGGCCUUCGAGAAGGGAGGCUUCGCAUACCAUGUAAGUGAAAUGGUGGGCCAGGUGGUGGAGCAGCACCUAGCUGGAUGUCACUUGGUGCUGGUCGACACAACACAAAGCCCCCUGUUCUCAAUUAUGAUCAGGCAGUUGGUAAGCAGCGGAGAAAGUGUGAUGGUUGUCGAGGCGUGGCGGAUGUUCUUAUACAAACAAGUAUUCAGGAACGAGUCAGUAAGUGACUGGAAUAUCAGAGAUGAAAUAGUCAUGGACCAGCUAGCCAGGGACCAGCUCCUGCAGGGGUUGUGGAUGGAGAACGGUACACUCACCUGCCGCGCCCUCAUCAUAAACCUCGGCAACAACAACAGCCUCUUUUUCAUGUUCCUGGAGUGGUGUGAAGUGUGGCGACGACCAGAGAUUCCUGUGGUGGUGGUGGGUGAGAGGGAUGGAGUGGAGACCGUCCUCCUUCACCACAGUCUUCGUAACACUAUUCACACCCUUUACCUCGCCCUCCAUGACCUCCCCCUCCACAGAGGCCAGGGACCAUCGCUCAACAUGAGAUCGAGGAAGAAAAAUAUCAUUAGAGGAAGUAAGAGUGAACAAGUGUGGCUGUACGGGCGAUGUUUGUACUGUAAGAAAGGUGAUGCUCAGGUCCAACUCCUCCACCGGGGGAACUUGACCUAUGGACUCCAGCUUAGUGUAAACCUCUUCCCAGAGCAUCUGGGCAACUUCCUGGGCCACACAUUCCAGCUGGUGGUGAAUCAAUACCUACCAUUCAUAGACAUAGAGUUGGACAAAGAGCCGGGCACCCCGGUGGCUCCUCGAGACUCCCUCAACACUCGUAUGCUCCACACCAUCGCCAGUAGUCUUAACUUUACGUACGUCUUGCGUCAGCCCCUGGAUGAGAAGUGGGGGACUCCAGCAGACGACGGCAACUGGACAGGGAUCGUGGGCGACUUGCAGCACCAGAAGGCGGACUUCUCCCUCGAUCUGACGCUCUCAGAGUCAAGAAGCCGCGUCAUGGACCACUCAAGGGUUUACAAUUACGAUCCUUAUAUUAUUUUGUCUCUUAAGCCCUCAUCUCUACCUCGGCACCUGUCGCUCACCAGACCCUUUAAAGGUGAGGUCUGGAUGUCGAUCACAGUGUGCACAUCAGUCCUGGGCAUCAUCCUCUGGCUACUGCAGAUGGCAUGGUCGUGGGCGUCAGGUAAGCUUGGUGUCAGCCUGGUGACCACAGUUAUCCACAUCUGGGGAAUAAUGCUGUUAGAGCCCAUCCCUACACUGCCCACCAACACCACUGGCCGGGUACUGUUGGGGUGGUGGCUCCUGGUGUGUGUGAUCGUCACUACAGCCUACCGCUCCUCCCUCAUCGCCCACCUCUCCGUCCAGAGCAAGUACCCGCCCAUUAACACCUUCCAGGAUCUCCUCGACCGAGACGACUGGUCCUGGGGUUCCAAUGAAUUAAUAGGAACCAAUUUCCUCUACUUCAACGGAAGUUCUGACCCUGAUGUUCAAGAAAUAUAUAAAAAUAUGGAGGUUUUCCACACAGAAGAAUGGCUGGAGCGUGUACUGGCUGGCCGUUUCUCGUUCUUUUUCGUCAAUACGGUAAUCCAGAUUGAAGUGGCGAAGCACUACACCGACAAGAACGGCAACACACCUUAUCACUUCAGCACCACCGAAUAUCCAGUUUUCGGAGGCAACGUGUGGGGUUUCAGACAAGGUGCACCAUUUACGAAGCAGAUCAGCAAGGUGAAACAACGACUCGUCGAGGCUGGACUCCUGAGCCUCUGGUUGGAUCAAGUCAUAAAGAAUGAGGUUAAACGGAACAACACAGAAAAAGAAGGGAAGGAGCGGCCACUGUACACUGAGCAAGAGAGCGGUCAAGUGGUGCUGACGUUGGAUCACCUUCAGGGAGCCUUCUACCUGUCGCUGCUUGGUUGUUGCCUCGCCUUCGGUGUCUUCCUUAUUGAAAUCUUCUUCCACUAUUAUUAUAUACAAGAUCAAGAUUUGGCUACCACUGCUCGACAUAACAUUAUGUAAUAUAGAUCAGUUACUAUUAAAGAUACUGGAUAUACAAAGAACCUUUUUGGAUGUUUAAACUUGGCGAAAAAACAUAGUUAUUAUAUUACUAUGUAAAAAUAUCUAAAAUGUAACAGACUUACUGGAAUUAAAUAAAAUUAAAUUAAGUUCA